AUCUUAACUUAACUCCAACAAUUUAAACUUCUCUUCAGCCGUGAACUACGUAAAUGACAAAACAAUUUUGAAUAAGCUUAAUUAGUCGUUUCGUUGAACAAAAUCUGCAUAAUUUUGUUCAGCGACUGUCGAAUUUUUGGCUUCCUUCUCGCUAUCUCUCUUUUAUAGUAUUUCUCAAUGGUGAGUAUUUCUUUCAACCAAUGCGGCAAGAUUUUUUCGAGUGGACUCGUUGUCAACUCGUACAAAAAAAGCGGUCGACUCAACUCAGCUAUUCACCAACUUAGAAUACAUGAGACAGAAUUUUGUGGUAGCGACCUUUCCAAUGCAACUGAGCGGCCUUCGUAUGUGUCUCAAUGCUAUUGAUUUUAUCUUACACGACUUUGAGAUAGCAAGUCAGUGUUUUUAUUUUAAUUUUAAUGAUGUCAAUAAUGAAUUAAGAGAAAAUGAGAAAAUUCAUGUUGGGUUAAGUGUUUUUGAAUGCAAAAGUCAAAUCCAUAUCUACUUAUGUAGAUUUUGGAGAACGUGAAUUUUUAGUUGCGGAUGAAAGAAGUUAUGAACAUUUACUAUAUAAAAUGGUUGAAGAUUUUUUUUCUCAUCUGAGGGAAAAUCCCUUUUUAUUUAUUUGUGUUGUUUUCUUCUUUUUUUGGGCUAAUUGUAAAUUUUAUUUAUAUUACUCUUUUUUCAAACCAAUCUUUUAUUUUCUGCUUUCAAAAUCUAACUUAAUUUCAUACUUUUUGUUUAUUUUAUGCAUUAUUUCAAUUUGUAAGUGUAAAAAACCAGGUUGAAAAGGAAGAAGAGGAAGAGCUUCAUUAUACAAAAAUUCAAGUCAGCUACUGACUCCACUUCUAUAUAUUUUGUUGUAUGAAGAAACAAGUUUAGUACUUUAGUUUUGAUUAUAAACUGAUUAAAAGUUUACUUUGAUAAUUCAUUAGUGAGAUUUUGUGAUUUUCCAAGUGACGUUGUGUAGAAAAACAUAGAGCUUGCUCAUGGUCAUGCUCUUUUCUCAAGAUACUCUCCAAUGAAGGUGUAUCACUUUAAUCACUAUGCUAGAACUGCUUUUUCUUUGCAGGGCUAUGAGCUGUCAAUAUUUUUCUUGCAUAAGGAUUGGAUAAUAGAAGAAUGGGAAAAGAAUUACUACAUCAGUUCAAUAGCUGGUGCAACUAACGGUAGUUCUGUAGUCAUUAUGUCCAAAGUCAAUGCUUACACCCAACAAUCCUACAAAGUAAGUGAAUUUUUUCAAUACAAUUGGAUAAAUGAGAAGUUGAAAGAAGGUUUCCAUGUCACAUCCAUGACAACUGCUGGCAACCAACCGGAUUUGGUCAUGUGAGAAGUGGUUUGGAGUUUUGAAUGAUAUACAUAGUGGCCUUAAUUUAAGCCUCCAAAUAUUGAGUUUUUUUUGGCUAUUUUGUGAGAUAACCAUAAAUUUUGAAUCUAUGACACAAAAUUUUCCAAACUAACUAUGUAGAAAAAUGCAGAAAAAUGAUUUCAUUGAUUUAUUUAUUUUAGCCUUUCUUAUUC